UGACCCCGCCCCUUGUCAUCAUUCGGUGGCUUGCGAUUUCCUUCGCGGUGCCUGAAGGUGCUGACCCGGUUGUCUCGUAGCUCUCCCCUGUCAUUUACUGGGAAAGUCUCCGUACUGUCGGUUUGUGUGCUAUCUAUUGCAGCAACUAAGUCGCGCUGACACGGAGUCGGUUAGUUUACCGGCAUGAAGUGUUUUUGUAAAAAGCUAGCGGAAGAAGUGUUUGGAACUUUUGACGCAGAGUCGGGCGCUUGUUUCCGUUCGGUUUCCCGUUCCAAUGUCUGCGCCGUAACCAAUUUCUGCGACGACCCAGGUGCUUGUUUCCGAGCCCCACUUUUUCGCAAUCGGCGCGCGCGCGUGGCGCAAUCCAUUAUUCGGAUAACUAUGCUCUACGUGUAAGUGGAGCAUAAUUGAGUAAGUUGAAGUUAUAUUUUUCUCAGUUGCACAACGCUUUCGUUGUUCUCGACUACUUACUUCCACUUCUACCCAGCACUAGCUACGCCAGUACUGCUGCCUUCUUCGAGUCGGAGAAUUAUGCAUAGGUAGUGCCUGCUCCAUAAACUUUGAACCUUUUCAGCUCGGACCACUGUGGCCGUCGACGUCCAGCAUACCAAUCGAUGUCGAUGGAGGACAUCUCAGUACAGAAACUCCUGCCCGCCGGCGUGUUGGGGUGCCAGGUGGAACAGGCGGAGCUGUUUAUUUGCCGAGAGUCGAACAGCGCACCCGCGCAUUUCGACGGGAAAGAACUAGUACCGGUAGACGGGUACAACAUCAACAACUCCUCCUCCCCGGCAGCUCCUGAUCUGUCAGUUUGUGAACCGCAGCACAAUUACAAUGAGUUGCCCACUCUAACGCAGGCAGAGGAGCACGCACGGGCUAACGGAUUGACGCUCAAGCGAAAGUGGCGCAAAUGGCGAAGGGAGUGGAGUCGGGUUGAAGAAGUGACUGAAGUUAGCGAUGGCAAUUGCGUUGCUGCUGCUGACCGGUAUUCGUCCUGGGUGCGCUACAACCCCGAGCCGCAGAUGUAUCGCUUUGUAGUGUCUGUGAAUCAUCCGCACACGUAUGAGGAGCUGCCUACGCUCGAGAUGGCGGAGAAAUACACGCGGGAAAACGCAAAGAGACUAAAUCCAAAGUGGCGAGCAUGGCGAGAAGAGUGGGCAGCAGAAAUGAAAGAAGUAACCGACGCCGGCCCUGACUUCGCAGGCCCUCGUUACAAGCAUUGGGGCGACCGAUAUAAGGUCUGGGUCGCCUACAACCACGAGCCCAAGAUGAUUGGUUCGACUCCGCGUGUGAGUUUGAAGCAUCCGCACACGUUUCAUAACUUGCCUACUGUUGAUGCAGCGGAGGAGUGUGUGCGAGACCGCGGGAAGCGGCUAAACCCGGCUUGGCGAGACUGGCGAAUGAGGUGGGAGCAGGAUACUUACUUUAAGGCCUGUGUUGACGGAAACGGCACCAGAAAAGCUAUGGCUGAUUGCUUUUCUGAGUGGGUGUGCACGUGGCCCUACAAUUCAGAGCCGAUGAUGUUUCGCUGAGUACGGAGGAGCUCGAGGUCUCGGCCUUCUACUGAAUUGCGUUGUGACUUUAUACAGUAGAGUGGUGCUAUUUGAUUUUUCCUUUAAGCGUGUACCGUUUUUCUGUUCGGCGCAGUCGUCGCAUGCAUAAAUCUAGCAGGUGCUGCAUUCGCAGAAUCACAAUUAUUGAUUGAUUAUCUGGAAUGAAAAUCUUAAUCUUCGGGCUGUUGCUAUAGUACAGUAGCAUGUUGGCUCUGGCUCACUACGAAGAGCAGUGAAUAAAAAAGAAUGUAAACUAAGUAUGGGUAUCUACAAUUUUGUCCCGGCACGUAAUAAUUUGUCGAAGUAGUUGUAGAUCAUGGUAAUCCAUCGCAUUUCACGAAGACCAGCAUUGGUGCCCGUUCUAAUCAUUGUGCUAGCGAGGGUUAUUUUAUGAGAUCACUACGUAUGUCGGAAGCGGAACGUGGGGACCGUUUUGAUUUACUCCACGUCUAGCGGUCAAUAUGAUCGAAUUUUUGUUUAACCUACCGCACAGAUUUAGAGAGGCGAAUAAAAUGAAAAGCAAAUAAAGCGCAUCAGCACUCCGGUUCUGCAUUUGUUACAGAGAAG